AACUUUUCCAUGCCAUUAAACCGGAUUCUUCCAAGUUUAUAAGCCCAACAUCACGCCUCAGAGUUUCCAAAUAAAACGUCCGCAGCUGUGUGCCCUCAGUGCGUCACUGCUCUUUGCUCAGUGGACCGGCACACAGACAGGAGAGAUGUCCGGGAUCAGGCUGCUGCUUCUGGUCUCUCUGUCCCUGAGCCUGUGGGUCCGGAGCGGGGCUGAGAUCCUGCCGGGAGCCCUGCAGCAUGGCCCGGCCAGCCUGAACGACAUGUUCCGGGAGGUGGAGGAGCUGAUGGAGGACACGCAGCACAUCCUGGAGGAGGCUGUGGAUCAGAUAACUACUGAGAGUGCUAAAUCAUCUUCAACCUUCCUGGAUCUGCAUACUAACCCCCACGAUGAGACGAGGAAGAUGACAAAGGAUGAAGACCGACUGCUUCAGGUCCUGGAUGGAGCUGACAACAGGACUAAUAAUGAAACAGGAGACAUUCAUCUUUUACAAAUCCACAUGGAGAUGUCUGGCCCUUGGAACUCGGGGUAUCACGAGUGCAUGGUGGAUGAGGACUGUGGGGCCCUUAAAUACUGCCUGUAUGGGAUCCAGAGCUCUAAGUGCCUCCCCUGCAUCCCCACAGAUAUGCCCUGCACUAAGGAUGAGGAGUGUUGCUCAGAUCAGAUGUGUGUGUGGGGCCAGUGUACAGUGAACGCCACCUCCGGAGAAGAGGGGACCAUCUGUCAGGGUCAGAGCGACUGCAGCCCCCCCCUCUGCUGCGCCUUCCAGAGAG